CUCAAUAAUAUCCUCCGUUUUCCCCAGAUAUAUUGGUACAUAUAUAGACACCCUCUUCUCUGUGCUGCCAGAUAUGUGUGGUGGCGUCCUCACCGGUCUGUCCGGGGUCAUCUCCAGUCCCGGGUACCCUGAGGAGUACAGCAACACAGCCGACUGCACCUGGAGCAUCCAGGUGUCCAACAGCAGCCGGGUCACUCUGGUCUUCCUGGACUUCCAGCUGGAGAACAACGAGGGCUGUAAUUUUGACUUUGUCGCCUUGUUCGACGGACCGACCGUCUCCCACCGGCACCUGGGCCGGUUCUGUGGAGCAGACCGACCUCCCAACACCGUCACCACGUCCAACCAGCUGCUGGUGGUCUUCAAGUCCGACUUCAACAUCGGAGGGAGGGGCUUCAAGGCCUACUACUACUCAGGUAAACAUCGAUAUAUGAUCAAAUGA